GGGGCACUAGGAAAGGGAAGCCCAGGCAAAGGUUCCUAGCGAUCGGAGCCCUACCGGCAGAGGGGAUUUGCAGCAAAAGCCAGCUGUGGUCUUCGGACCUCGAGGGACAUUCAUGGGUCCUCGCGUUGCAUUCGCUGAAGCCUGGAACAUUCGUAUUAAGAAGGAUUAUUAGCAGACUCGACCUGCCUGUCUCCCGAGUUUGUUCUCACAAAAUGGCUGGCCCGCAAACCAUUCCUCAAGCUUUAUACUUGAGCAACAUGUUGAAAGCUGUGAAGAUAAGGGAGAGCAUGCCUGAAGACCUUGUCAAGUGCACUAGUGGAAUAAUCAUUCAUUUUAAAAGUAUGCACAGGUAUACUGUAGAGUUGUUCAGGAUGUGCCAAUUCUGCCCUCAGUUUCAGAAGAUACUCCAGAAAGCCCUUAUUGACCAAGUAUCCCAAACCUCAUUGGAACGACAAAGGAAGCUGAACUGGUGUAGAGAAGUUAAGAAACUUGUCCCAUUGAAGACCAAUGGUGAUGGAAAUUGCCUCAUGCAUGCAGCAUCGCAGUAUAUGUGGGGGAUCCAAGAUGUUGAUCUAGUCCUGAGAAAAACACUGUUUAGUGCGCUCCGGGAAGUUGACACGCGCAACUUUAAACUGCGCUGGCAACGAGAGACUUUGAAAUCACAGGAGUUUGUGGCAACGGGGCUCUGCUAUGACACCAGGAACUGGGAGGAAGAAUGGGACAACCUCAUCAAAAUGGCAUCUGCAGAAACAUCAGUUGCCCAAAAUGUUCUUCAGUAUAAAUCCUUAGAAGAAAUUCACAUUUUUGUCCUUGUUAACAUCCUAAGAAGGCCAAUCAUAGUUGUUGCAGACAAAAUGCUUAGAAGUUUGGAAUCAGGCUCAAGUUUUUCCCCUCUGAACAUUGGUGGGAUUUACUUGCCCCUCCAUUGGCCUGCAGAAGAAUGUUACCGAUAUCCCAUUGUCCUUGGCUAUGAUAGCAUGCACUUCACGCCACUGGUUGUUCUAAAGGACAGUGGCCCUGAGAUCCAGGCAGUCCCGCUGGUUAAUUGUGAAAGAGGGAGGUUUGAAGACUUGAAGGUCCACUUUUUAACUGAUUCUGAAGAAAGGGAGAAAGAAAAGCUGUUAAGAGAAUACUUAAUGGUGAUAGAAAUUCCUGUGCAAGGCUGGGACCCAGGGACAACACAUCUUAUACAUGCUGCAAAGUUGGAUGAAGGCAACUUGCCCAAAAACAUCAAUCUAGUAGAAGAUUACUUUCAGCUGGUGCAGCAUGAAUACAAGAAGUGGCAAGAAAAUGUGGAGCCAGUUGGGAGGGAGGCAUGUGCCAGGAACAGGUUGGAGAUGUCCCUUUCCCAGCUUUCACUUGUGGAAGUGAAAUGUGAAACUCCAAAUUGCCCCUUUUACAUGUCUGUGAGUACCCAGCCCUACUGCCACGAAUGCUUUGAACAGAGGAAGAAGGGGAAAAAGCUAAGAAGGCAGAACUUCCGAGCAGGCUCUGAGAAAUUCCAGGGAACUAGAACCGGUUCGCCUGAGGGUGAGCUCCAUGACCCUGUUGUACGGUCAUCAGUGGACCCAGGAACAGGGCCUCGCUCAGCGCCCCCUACAGCACCAAGCCUUUUCCUGUACAGUGAAACCACUGCAAUGAAGUGCAGGACCCCAGACUGUCCUUUCACAAUGAAUGUGCAAUACAAUGGACUCUGCGAACGCUGCCACAGCUCUGGAGAGCUCAGACCUUGCAGUGACCCAGAAGAGCCCCAACAUUCAGACUGUGUGACCUGUACGUACUGCCUCAAGGGUACCAAUAGGACUUUCAACGGCAUGUGCAGUGCUUGUUUCAAAAGGGCUAGAGACUGUUUGCCGCAUGCCAGUUCCGGCCAUCAGAGAUCGUCCUCUGAUCCUUCCCACCUAUCACAGAGCCUGCUUCAGCAUGCCUGCCACGCAACAAGUCGCAGCAAUGUGGUGGAGCUGCCACAUGGGCCACCUCAGAGGACUGAAGAGCGGAAGGGGAGCAGUAAAUGCCGGAAACCCGGCUGCAGCUUUUUCGGCACUCCCCAGAAUGAAGGCUUUUGUACAAUAUGCUAUUUUGACUACAGGGAAAAUAAAGAUGCUUCGUUGCCUCAUCGCAGAAGGUCCCAGCAGAACUCUCCUGCCUCUGGGCAUUCCGGAACUUUGGCUGCCAUGUACCAGAACACUGUUUUCUGCCUGGGUCAAGAGUGUGGCACCUCUGGGAGCACCAUGCUUGAGGGAUACUGCCCAAAAUGCUUUAUUGAAGCACAGAACAAGCGUUUUCGUGAAGUCAGAAGAACUGAAGACCAACUAGUGAGACAAGCAGAACGAACAGGACAACACAGAGAUUCACACCAGCCAGCUGCCAGCUCUCAAAAACGAAAAUGUGCCACGCCUUCCUGCAGGAACAACUUAGCAUCCAGGACUGGGGAACUGUGUCAAGAAUGCCUGCGGGCCAGUAAGCGGGGACAGUCUGGGCAACCUCGGGGAGAAUCUUCAGCAGAUGAGCUUCCAAAACAGCGCUGCCGAGCCCCUGCCUGCGAUCACUAUGGUAACAAGAAGUGCAAUGGCUACUGCAACGAAUGCUACCAAUUCAAACAAAUCUAUGGUUAGCAAGCAUGGAAAAUGUAUGAAAACCGUUGCAAGAAAAGGGAAGGAAAUAAUGGUGCUACAUCCAAAACACUCACUGGCCCUGCCAGGGUCUUUUCACCAGUACGAAAAAGACAUGUGACCUUGCGGGGAAAACAAUAAGCUGCCUUUGUAUGUGUAUAUAUAUAUAUAUAUAUACACACACACAUAUAUAUAAUGUAUCUAUACUGUAAUAUGUAGAUACAUUUUGGCACAUAGAAUUUACCUGUGUGCUCCAGAAUCCUGGAACAGAAAAGCAGUGUGCUUUCAGUGCAGUUGAGAUCUGCUGGAAGUUUUUACUGAAUACUUGACUACAAUCUCCAGUCCCCACUUCCCUUGCACACAUAGGCCAUGUGCUGAGUGUGCAGUCUCAAGAAGAGAUGAAUAGAGACAGUGCUCCUUUUCCUUGUUACCUCUUUCACCUCAUCCAAGUGCAAGGAAACCUGAUGGAUUGUUCAAGUUGGAGAGAGCUUUUUGCAUAACAUCUGUCUUGUACCAGGAAGGCUGCUGUCUCUGAAAAUACUGAAUUCUUCUUCAGUAUUGCGAAAGUAAAACUGAGUGCAGAGGUGUGGCCUUUAAACUGCAUUUCCUUUGUCUUUGAGGAGUUGUUUUUGCUUAUAAAAUACUUGGCCAAAGUUUCCCAUUUUCGACGUUCUGUCUUUACUUACUUAGUGUGUGUGAUGAAAGUCCAGUCCUCUCGUCUGUUUUUUUUUCAAGCAAAUGCUUGAUUCCUCAUAAAACUUUGCCUUCUGAGGUUGGGGUGUGAAUAGCCAUUAUUCCUCUGGCUUCCUGAUGCAAAAUUGUUUCUGAUGAGGGAUUUUGAGUGCAGUUUGCAAAGUUUGCACAGACUCCCUCUACUUCACUCUAUUUGUGUUUGGCAUUCAAUACAGGU